CUGCCUUCUUCCCCCCCCGUCCCUCCCCCCCCAACCUCCGGAGCUGGGAAGAGAGUCAAGAUGGCGGCGAAAUCCGAUGGCGGUGGCGUGGGGGUGGGCUUCGCCCAGCUGCACAACCUGGACGAGGCGGUGGGCAGUGGCGGCGAGGAGGACGGGGAGCCCGGGGGAGGCGGCUGCGGCGGCGGCGGCGGCGGCGACGAGCCCGGCGAGAGCAGCUCGCUGCACAUCUGCCACUGCUGCAACACCUCCUCGUGCUACUGGGGCUGCCGCUCCGCCUGCCUGCGCUCCCUCCUGGGCAAGAAGCCGCGCCGCAGCGCCGCCGCCGCCGCCGACGGGGGGGACCAGCCGCUGCAGCCGCCCGCGGCCGCCGACGCCGACCGCUACCCGACGCCCUCGGCCGCGCCGCCGCAGGUGGAGCGGCCGUGGCUCGACUGCCUGUGGAUCGUGCUGGCGCUGCUGGUCUUCUUCGGGGACGUGGGCACCGACCUGUGGCUGGCCCUCGACUACUACCGCAAGGGGGACUACGGCUACUUCGGGCUGACCCUCUUCUUCGUGCUGGUGCCGUCGCUGCUGGUGCAGAGCCUGAGCUUCCGCUGGUUCGUGCAGGACUACACGGGCGGCGGGCUGGGCGCCGUGGAGGGGCUCAGCAGCCGGGGUCCCCCCAUGAUGGGGGCCGGCUACGGCCGCGGCGGCCCUGCGACGCCAGGGGCGCAGCGCCUGUGCCGCCUCUCCGUGUGGAUCUGGCAGACGGUCAUCCACCUGCUGCAGAUGGGGCAGGUGUGGAGGUAUAUCCGCACCAUGUACCUGGGCAUUCAGAGCCAGCGGCGGAAGGAACACCAGCGACGCUUCUACUGGGCUAUGAUGUACGAAUAUGCAGACGUCAACAUGUUGCGCCUCCUCGAGACCUUCCUGGAGAGCGCCCCCCAACUGGUGCUACAGCUCUGCAUAAUGAUCCAGAAGAACAGCGCAGAGACGCUGCCCUGUGUCUCCUCUGUGACUUCCCUGAUGUCCCUGGCUUGGGUGCUAGCCUCCUAUCACAAGCUGCUGCGGGACUCCAGGGACGACAAGAAGAGUAUGAGCUACAGAGGGGCCCUCAUCCAAAUCUUCUGGCGCCUCUUCACCAUCUCAUCCAGAGUGAUCUCUUUUGCCCUCUUUGCUUCCAUCUUCCAGCUCUACUUCGGGAUCUUUGUGGUGGUUCACUGGUGCGCCAUGGCCUUCUGGAUCAUCCAUGGUGGAACAGACUUCUGCAUGUCCAAGUGGGAAGAGAUCCUCUUCAACAUGGUGGUAGGGAUUGUGUACAUUUUCUGCUGGUUUAACGUCAAGGAAGGGCGGACUCGAUAUCGAAUGUUUGCAUAUUAUACGAUAGUCUUGACCGAGAAUGCUGCCUUGACGUUCCUUUGGUAUUUUUACAGAGACCCGGAGACCACUGACUCCUAUGCGGUGCCAGCACUGUGUUGUGUCUUUAUUAGCUUUGUGGCUGGGAUCGCACUGAUGCUCUUAUAUUAUGGUGUGCUGCAUCCCACGGGGCCUCGAGCUAAGAUCUUUGCCAGCUCCUGUUGUGCCGAGCUGCUCUGGGGCAUCCCUUUGCCCCCUGAUGUUGAGCCCAUGGCACCUCAGGCUCCUGGGUACCGGGGGACUCAGGUCACGCCUACCAGAGCCGUAACGGAACAACAGGAGGAUCUCACGGCUGACACUUGCUUGCCCGUUUUCCAAGUGAGACCCAUGCCCCCUACCCCGUUGGGGCGUCCUUACCCCCCAGAAGGGCCCCUCAUUAAGAUUGACAUGCCAAGAAAAAGAUACCCAGCUUGGGAUGCUCAUUUUGUAGACAGGAGGUUGAGAAGGACUAUUAACAUUCUGCAGUAUGUCACCCCCACUGCAGUAGGCAUUCGGUAUCGAGAUGGACCACUCCUUUAUGAGUUGCUACAGUAUGAGUCUUCACUCUAAGAGCAUCCUGACCCAAGUUGAGGAGACCUUAAGUUUGGUUUGCGGUAAACACCGCUUGCAAGAAAUAUAACCCUCCCUUCCCCCAAUACACAGAACCAUGACCACCACCACCACCACCACCACCACCACCACCAAUGCUACAAAAAAAGAAAAUAAUAAGUCACAACCCCUUCAGAUAAGCUUUCUUUCCAGUCGCUGUAUGUAUACAAAGAUAUUCUCUAUGUUUUGUAAGUAAAAACAAAAAGGAAACCUUUCUUUUGUUUUUUACACAUAAGAAACAGUAUUGAAAAAUCCCACACUAUGGUUCAUAAGGUGGAGAAGGAGGAGUCGUCUCCACUCCAAAAGAAAAAAUAAGUUUUAUACCUUACACCAAGUGUAGAUCAUUUCCGGGAUUGGUGCUGAUUGAAAGAACAAAACAAAACAAAACAAACACAAACUAACAAACAAAAAAACCUUCAACUGCCUUAUGCCCUUAGGUGCUGAGUUUCAUUACGUACUGUCACGUUUGCUCAUGCAAAACUCUCCGGCGACUUUGCACCCGGAGAGGGAAAAUUAAACAAUCAAAUGAAACAAAUCUAGAAACGAAACAAAAACCAAACAACAAAGAAAACACAAAGCAAUCAUUCUUCCUAUCUGAUUAUUUGCAUUGAAAAAAACAAAUUUACCAAAAGCAAAGGCAUAGAAAACCCUCCCUCUUUUUGAUUUCUCUCCCUCCUCUCCUGUCCCCGCCCCAACUUACUAGCGCCUUCGAGGAGCCAACCUGCCCUUUGAAACUCAAAUGUCUGGAAAAGCUCCUUGAAGGCUGGCUCUGUGCCAUUUUAGCCUUCACCUAGUAAGAAUCACAUUUGUUUCCUGGUGAAAAGCAAAACAGAACAAAGGAAAAAGCCACCCCAAUAAUUCGAUAAGAACAGGAAAUUCUAAAGCAAAUUAAUGGAGAUUUCCACAUAUGUAAUCAAAGAGAAUCAGUAAUAAUAAAACUCAGCAUAGUAGCAAAAAGAAUGACAUCAAUUUAAAGGCACAAUACUUAAUCAGUGACUGGCGACAAUGAUUCGUUCUGUCAUUUUAAGGCCAUGAAAGGUAUCCAUUUAUUACAUGUGAUAUUGUGUAAGGCCUCUUCUGUUUCCAUUUGGUGGGAAGCCUUAAAUUGAUCUGGAAAGAAUUCUUCAUUUUUCAUUUGUGCUUUUUAAAAAUAUUAACACAAAGAGGAAAAUUAGAAUAUAAAAAAAAGUCAAAUUGUAAUAACUGACCCAUUUCAAAGACUGUUUGGUGCUUCUGUCUUUCACCAUUGUGAUUGGCUGAAAGUCAUUCAGCUCACUUGGUGCAUCUGGAUUGAGUGGGAAAUUUUGUGUGUGUUGUGUGUGUGUGUGUGUGUGUAUGUGUAUGUGUGCCCACAGCACACGUAUAUAUGUGUGUGUGUAUGUGUGUGUCUGCUGCAAGGUCUUGCCAGAAAUGUAGAAAACCGAUAUAAGACGGACUCCGGGUAUGUCUGAGGUGGAGUGUAAGGGGGCCAGGGAGGGGAACGCCAGGAGGAGGGGGUGGUGCUUGAUUCUGAGCCCCUGUCUGCAUGGGGAGAUUCACACCAGCAGCAUACUCUGGGUCUUAGAGGACGUGUCAUUGGGGUGAAGAUUUGAUUCAAUUAUUGAUUUUCUCAUUGUACCAAGUUGAAUUUCUGGAGGUGUUGCAAGUAUGUUCAACCAUUUUUUAAAUGUUAUUUUUUAAAGUAUUGCUCCUGUAAGAAAUAUUCUGUUCUAAGGCAUCGUUUCAAUCCCAUUGUAUCUCUACUUGGGCACAAAAACAAAAAAAAAAAAAAAAAAA